GGGAGGGGACACCGGGGAGGGGACACCGGGGAGGGGACACCGGGGAGGUGACACCGUGUCCGUCUGUCCCCGAGGCGCCGGAAGGGGCUGUGACUGUCCCCGUGUCCCCACGGGGGUCGUGUCCGUCCUUGUCCCCAGGGCUGCGUCUGUCACCCUCCGACUGUCACCCGGCCCAGGGAGGGACGUCCGUCCGUCUGUCUGUCUGUGUGUCCCCGGGGUCCGUGUGUCUGUCCCCGGGGUCCGUGUGUCUGUCCCAGGGUGUCCCUGUCCCCUGGUUCUGUCCGUCCCUGCUCCUCCCUGGGCCCCGUCCCCGCCUGUCCCUCUGUCCCCUGCUUCUGUGUGUCCGUCCCCGUGUCCGUGUGUCCAUCCCCGUCCCUGUGUCCGUGUGUCCAUCCCCGUGUCCGUGUGUCCAUCCCCGUGUCCGUGUGUCCAUCCCCGUCCCUGUGUCCGUGUGUCCAUCCCCGUGUCCGUGUGUCCCGGUGUCUCCGUGUUCUCUUGUCCCCGUGUUCCCCUGUCCGUGUGUCCAUACCCGUGUCCCUCUGUCCCUCUGUCCCUCUGUCCCUCUGUCCCCCUGUCCCUCUGUCCCUGUCCCUCUGUCCCUCUGUCCCCCUGUCCCUCUGUCCCUCUGUCCCUCUGUCCCUCUGUCCCUCUGUCCCGUGUCCCCAUGUCCCCGCUGUGGCCCUGCCGGUGGCUCCUGGCUCUGCUGGCUCUGUCCCCGGGGGUCCCGGGGGUCCCGGGGGUCCCGGGGGUCCCGGGGGGUCCCGGGGGGGCCGCGGAGCUGCGGCGGCGCCCCGGGGACACCGGACCCCGGCCCGAGGAGCUGGAGGCGCUGGAGGCUCUGGGGACCCCCGUGCAGGUGGUGGCAGCCGGGCAGGAGCUCCGGGACUUUGGGGACAUCGAGGAGGAGCCCAAAGUCAUCGGGUACUUCGAGGGACGGGACUCGGAGCCCUUCCAGGCCUUCUCCGCCACUGCCCAGCGCUUCCACCCCUCCCUCCUCUUCUUCGCCACCUUCGACCCCCAGGCGGCGCAGGAGCUGCGGCUGGGGCUGAACCAGCUCCAUCUCUUCGAGCCCUUCCUGGAGCAGCCCCGGAGCUUUCGGGGGGACCCCGGGGACCCCCACGGGCUCGAGGCCUUCGUGGAGAGCAGCAAACGGUGGGGAACGGGAAUUUGGGAUUGGGAAUUUGGGAUUGGGAAUUUGGGAUUGGGAAUUGGGAAUUGGGAAUGGGGAAUUGGGGAUUGAGAACUGGGGAUUUGGGAAUUGGGAACUGGGAAUUUGGGAUUGGGAAUUUGGGAUUGGGAAUUUGGGAUUGGGAAUUGGGAACUGGGAAUUGGGAAUUGGGAAUUGGGAAUUGGGAAUUGGGAAUUGGGAAUUUGGGAUUGGGAAUUGGGAAUUGGGAAUUUGGGAUUGGGAAUUGGGAAUUGGGAACUGGGAAUUGGGAACUGGGAAUUGGGAAUUUGGGAUUGGGGAUUGGGAAUUGGGAAUUGGGAAUUUGGGAUUGGGAAU